UCUACUCCCCCCACACCCUCUCCCGAUAUUCGGAUCUUCAAAGACAUCCCGUCUUUCAUUUUCGCUUUCACAGUCACUCCCUAGACAUUGUUUAUUCAGCUACACAUUUUUUUCGAUCGUUAUUCGCUUUUUCAAUACCCUUCAGCGAAUUACUCCUAAUUGUUUAAUACUUUUGUUUUUUGUUUUUUUUCCACUCGUGCAUUUUUUCGGCGGUCCUGUCAGUCCAACUUUUACCCGAAGUUCCAACGUCCGCUCAUUAAUAAACACCAACACCCAUCGCAAUCAUGGAGUACGAGCCCACCGGUCCCGCGCAGCCUCAUCAGCAGCGCCCUGUUUGCGACUCCUACUUUGUCGAGUCCAUGGAUCGGGAUGACAAUGACGGUAUCUUUGUCGCCCAGAGGUCGAAGCAGGAGCUUGCACGCAUGCACGCCGAAACUCAGAUGGAUAUUGCGGAGGAGCUGUCGCGCACCGUGGCCGAGGAGUACCUCGAGGAUGUUCUUGACCACAUGGAGUACAUGGAGAAUAUCACUCUUCCCGACGUCGCCAGCAUAGACAUCCAGACCGAGAUCCAAUGGUUCAUGCGUCCCUACCUGCUCGACUUUCUCAUCGAGGCCCACACUGCCUUCUCGCUCCUUCCGGAAACCCUCCACCUGACCGUCAACUUGCUCGAUCGAUACUGCUCGCGCAGGGUUGUAUACAAGCGUCACUAUCAGCUCGUCGGCUGUGCGGCCAUGCUCAUCGCUGCUAAGUACGGGGACAAGAAGGAUCGCGUGCCGACCAUUCGGGAGCUCAAGUCCAUGUGUUGCAACCUCUACGACGAGGACAUGUUCAUCCAGAUGGAGUGGCAUGUUCUGCAGACGUUGGGCUGGGUGGUUGGUCAUCCCACGGUCGAGAGCUUCCUCCAGAUGGUGUUGCAGGAGGUUCACUACGACCCCGAGGUCGAGGCGAUGGCCAGGUACCUUUCCGAAAUCGCACUCUUCCACAAGGAGUUCGUCAGCACCCGCCCGUCCGUCAUGGCUCGCACCUCGUUGGCCCUUGCCCGUCACAUCCUUAGCCGUCCCAUGCCGACACAUUCUGAGUGGGCCGAGAAAUUUGACACGAAUGUUCUGGUGCUCCUUUCCCAGCAGUUGCACAACCCGUCGGAGAUUCUCGUUCAGAAAUACGCGAGUCCCGAAUUCGCGGGUGUGUCCACCAUGCUGGAGGACUUUAUGGCACAGCAGGCAGCAAUCGCGCGUCAGCGGUCGCCCCCUACGCCCCCUUCGGAAGUGUACGGUAGUCAGCGGGAAACCUCGGAGAAGUUCGACGGCUGCAUGACUCCUCAGAAGCAGGCGUCCUCGGGAUACCCAGCGACCGCAGGAUACAUAACACCUCCAGUUACGCCUAACGCCGGAUACUAUGUCGAUGAUUCAUGCCCAUCCCAGCGGAUGCCCGUCACCCCGACACCGCCCAACCAAGUUUACUACGUACAGUAAACUGUUCUCCACUUCACGAGAUCGAUUUCUUUCAAGCCAGAUUGUCACCGUUCAUCCAGCCCAUUCCCCCCGAAUUGUUUGCCGUGCAUUCAGUCUCUCGUCAACCAAUGGAAUUCGAUACAACGGAGGAGGAGUUUUCGCCGCGUCUGCUUCCGCUCAAAUUGGCUUUGGCUUUUUUUUAUCCCAAAUCAAUCAAUACAAUGUG